AUGGCAACUUCAAAAUUUGUCAUCGCCACAGAGAGCAAGGGGUUUGAAACCAUAAAGCAACUACUUCAACAACAAGUACCUUACCACUUCAUUCUUGGAGUUCGCGACACGAAGAGCACAAAGGCUGCCUACAAUGACCUCAAGUUCGACAGUUUGAAGCACACAAUCUGCAUACUGCCGCUCGAUCUAUCUCACCUGAAGAGUGUACAGCACUUUGCACAGCAAGCGUUGUCCCAACUUGCUAGCAACAAAUUGGACUACCUAUUUCUAAACGCCGGCAUGCUCGAUGAUGCCAGCGGUCUGGGACCGAAUGGAUCUGAAUGGUGUGAAGGAUAUGUCGUCAACCAUCUAGCCCAGCACUAUCUGGUCCAUCUCCUCCGCGAUACCCUGGCCGAUUCAAAAUCUCGCCUUGUCAUCGUUUCUUCGGGCGCGAUACGCGGUUUGAGAGGACAGGACCCAGCUACACUGGAUGUGGACUUGAAAGCCAACUCCGGUGCAGGUUUUAGAGUAGUUUACAGUGCCUCGAAAUUUGUUCAAUUAUUGGGCACACACUAUUGGCGACGUGCGCUUCCUUGGUGCCAGGUCAUUGCCGUUUCACCUGGACUCAUUCCCAACACAAAGCUUGCCCAGACUAUGAGCCUUUCUAUGGACAUGCCUGACGCUAAAACCAUUCCAGAAGGUGCGAUACAAGGCUCACAUUCAACAGGUGCCCAGAACUUACUCCGCGCGUUCACCAUCACUGAUAUCCCAGCUGACCCGGAGCAAAUUUUCCUGACCAGUUGGGGUGAGUGGUGGCCAAAGGAUGUCUAUGCAAUCAGUCUGGAUACAGCUCUACAGGAUAAGUGGUGCUUGAGCAAAGCGGAUAUUGAGAGCUCCAAUGGUUUCAAUGGGCAAUGA